UUAUCAUUCUAUAGCUACAAAAAAACUGAAACCCCUUCACCUCUUCCAUCUCUCUCUCAUUUCCCUUCUUUCAUCAAUCAUGGCAACGAGUGCUAGUCUCUCCAAACCAUCCAAAAGGUUCUCCAACAACACCUUCAAGCUAACCCUCCACCGUCGUCACCGAUCUAAGCCCAGCUUGCCAACCCCUCCCAUGUCCCCCCCCAGCAUUUCCAGCCGGCGGGCCGACGUCGACGACCAUCGUGAAGCGUUCCACCGUUUCGAUGCAAACGGCGAUGGCAAGAUAUCGAGCGACGAGCUCAAGUCCUUCCUUGCAUCGGCCGGGGAGGAGGUGGCGUUGGAAGAGGCUGAGAGGGUGAUCGGCGACGUCGACUCGGACGGCGAUGGCCUGAUGGAUUAUGGGGAUUUUGCGAGGCUGAUGGAGGAGGGUGGCGCCGGAGGGGACGAGGACUUGAGGAGAGCGUUUGAGAUGUUUGAGGUGGAGAAGGGGUCGGGGUGCAUCACACCUAAGGGGCUGCAGGGGGUUCUGGGCCGUUUAGGGGACGUGAGAUCUAACGAGGAGUGUGCGAACAUGAUAAGGGCUUAUGAUUUGGAUGGGAAUGGUGUGAUCGACUACCAUGAGUUCCACUGCAUGAUGACUUCAUGAUUUGUAGAUGACUGUGUUCAUAAUAAGUUUUCCACUGCAGAUAUACUGCCUCGAGUCAUGUAUAUAUAGCUAAGCAAUAAUAAUUUUCACUACUGUAAUUGAGUGCAAACUCUGUAUAAUCUUGGUUGUGGGAAAUUCUUGCAAUCAGUAUAUAUAUGCAACAUAUUUCUAUUAGCUCUGUAA